CACCUUAAAAGAACAUUUUUGGAAACUUAAGAGUAUGUCCACUUCUUCAGCCACCAGUACACCACUGGCUGUAAUGCAACACAUGGAUGCCAAACGCCAUAAAACUCAUCAGAAGAUAUGCAUGUAGUACACACUCCUAGACUGUGGAGGGCAGCAUUACACUCUACAGUGCACAACCUGCCGGAAUAUCAUUCAAAGAAGAAGUUUGUAGUUUCCGGGUGUUGUCAGUUAGCAUGUGUGUCUGUGCUAACGUUGUAGAUUCUCAGAGUAAUGUUAUAAAGACGUCAGUGUUGAGUUCUUCUUCUGUGACUCUUGGAUGUGUGUCAGAUGUCCGGGUUUCAGGAUCUUAAAGAUUUCUUCAGACGGCGGCUGCUCGCUGCGGUUAUCAGAGAUAUAUCAGAAACAACAACAUGUGGAUACGAAGAGGAGCUCCACCGACAAAGAAAAGUGCUGGAUGUGAUUUUAACACCUGAAAUCAAGCUGCAGAGAGCAGCAGCUGUUGGUGAGUAAAGAAGAGCUUCCUCCUGAGCAGCAGGAGUGGAGCCACAUUCUGGACCAGGAGGACACUAAGCCCCAACACAAGAAGAACAGGAGGAACUGUGGAGCAGUCAGGAGGAAGAACAGCUUCAAGGACUGGAGGAGGCUGAUACCACCAUGUUCCCCUUCACUCCUGUCUCUGUGAAGAGUGAAGAUGAUGAAGAGAAACCUCAGUCCACACAGCUUCAUCAGACACAAACUGAACAGAUGGAAACUGGAGUCGAUGGAGAGGACUGUGGAGGAGGAGAACCAGAGAGGGACUCCGAUCCAGAGAGACAUUUACAACCAGAGAUUGAGGUCAAGAUUGAAGACUCUUCAGAACCUGAGACUGAUGACAGUGAUGAUUGGAGAGAGACCAGAGAAAAUCAGUCAGAUUUAACCUCUGUGGAAAACAUUGCUAAUAAGAAAUCACAUUGCUGCUCUAAGUGUGAUAAACCAUUCAAAACCAAAUGGCUUUUGGAACAACAUAUUAGAAUUCACACAGGAGAGAAACCUUUCAGCUGCUAUGUUUGCAGUAAAAGUUUUAAUCUUAAAGGAAGUAUGACAAAACAUAUGUUAGUUCACACAGGAGAGAAACCCUUCAGCUGUUCUAACUGUGGUAAAAGUUUUAGCCAAAAACAGUCUCUGACCAAACACAUUAGGAUUCACUCGGGAGAGAAACCCUUUGGCUGUCCUGAGUGCAAUAAAAUUUUCAAUAUUGAAACAAAUCUGACAAGACACAUGAGAACUCACAGAGGAGAUAAACCCUUUAGCUGCCCUGAUUGUGGUAAAAGAUUUGGCCUUAAGCAGAGUCUGACACUUCACAUGGCGUCUCUCCAUCAUAUAGUGGAGAACCCCCUCCGCUGCUUUAUUUUUGACCAAAAUGUGUCUAGUUUUAACCAGUUAGAGGAAGACAAGGGUGUUGGAGGUCAAUUUUCAGAGCUUCAUCAAAACGAAACUGAUGAGAAAAGAGAGGCAGGAGCUGACAGAGAGCAAAGUGGAAGAGCAGAACCAGCCAGAGACUCGGACCCAGAGAGACGUUUACAAGCAGACACUGAAGACUCUUCUGAAUAUGAGAACGGAGGAACUGACGAUUGGCAUGAGACAACAGAAUAUCAUUCAGGUUUAAACUAUGUGGAAAACAUUACAACUGAGAAGCAAAGUGCUGAUGUGAAAUUACAUAGCUGCUCUGAGUGUGGUAAAACAUUCAAAAAGAAACAGAAUAUGACCAGACACAUUAGAAUACACACAGGAGAGAAACCAUUCAGCUGCUCUGUUUGCAGUAAAAGAUUUAACCAAAAAGGUGCUCUGUCCACACACAUGAGAAUUCACACCGGAGAGAAACCCUUCAGCUGCUCUCAGUGCGGUGAAAGUUUUAACCAAAAAUGGGUUCUGAUUAGACAUAUGUUGGUUCACACCAGAGAGAACCCCUUCAGCUGCUCUGAGUGCGGGAAAGGAUUUAAACGAAAGUCUAGUCUGACACUUCACAUGGCCCAUCACAGAGGAGAGAAACCCUUCAGCUGCACUGUUCCUGACCAUAGCUUCUUCCUGUCUAAUCAGUAGAUGAGUGUGUUAAUUUUACUUUUUGCUGUUGAUAAGCUCUCAGUGAAGAAACCCUUCAUCUCAGUUAUUCCCUUAUAUGGACUGAUAAGUAACAUAACCUAACACAUGGCCCUUAAUUGUGAGCUAGUCAGAAAGUGACAAUGCUGAUACUACCUACCAGCCCAUAUGGCCCACAUUGCCUCCACAACCCAAGCAUGUAGAACAGGAUCGUCAAACUUAUAUUGGGUCCAGAGCUGGAUUUGUUUAGUUUAAACAAUUGAAUAUAGGCUUCUUAUACCAAUCUGUGAGUGCACACACAAAAAAAGUAAAAUGUUCCUAAAUCACCUAUCCAGUUAUACCCAGAGUGUUCUUGAACCAAUUGGAGUACAAGCACAUGAAGGUCUCCUUUAUAAGCUUACAGUCGGCAGUUUCAGAGCGUGUCAAAAUGCUUCCAAUAAUAAUUUACCUAGGUGGCUCUGGAUCAGUUGGUAGAGUCGGUCGUCUCUCAACCAGAAGGUCGAGGGUUUGAUCCCCCAGCUUCUGCAGCAAAUGUCCGAUGAGUCCUUGGGCAAGACACUUAACCCGAUGUUGCUCCAGCUGUUCGUCAGCAGCGUAUGAAUGUGUAUGAAUUGAUGAGUUAAUACUGAUGGACUCUUUAAACAGCAGCCUCUACCAUCAGUGUGUGAAUGUGUAUGAAUGGAUGAGUUAAUACUGAUGGACUCUUUACUCAGCAGCCUCUACCAUCAGUGUGUGAAUGGAUGAGUUAAUACUGAUGGACUCUUUACUCAGCAGCCUCUACCAUCAGUGUGUGAAUGGAUGAGUUAAUACUGAUGGACUCUUUACUCAGCAGCCUCUACCAUCAGUGUGUGAAUGGAUGAGUUAAUACUGAUGGACUCUUUACUCAGCAGCCUCUACCAUCAGUGUCUGAAUGUGUAUGAAUGGAUGAGUUAAUACUGAUGGACUCUUUACUCAGCAGCCUCUACCAUCAGUGUGUGAAUGUGUAUGAAUGGAUGAGUUAAUACUGAUGGACUCUUUACUCAGCAGCCUCUACCAUCAGUGUGUGAAUGUGUAUGAAUGGAUGAGUUGAUACUGAUGGACUCUUUACUCAACAAUCAAUACAUUGAGUUGCUGCCAUGUGAUAGGCUUAUUAGAUAUUUACAAUAACGAGCAGCUGAACCUAACAAAGUGGCCUGUGAGUGUAGAUACUUCUGUGUAUACUGUAUAUACUGGUGAGAACCAUGUUCAGCCAAGAGCUUAUCCUCUCCAAUAUAGACUAUGUUUGCUAACUUCCCCUUAGCCCUCAGUUUUCACAAACAUGACACAUCAGAAGAGAAGAAGAGAGACAUUUUCAACCAGAGACUGAAGACUCUUCUGAACCUGAGGACAGUCAGUCAGUUUCUCUCAGUGAAAUGAGAAACCACUCAGCUGCUCUUAGUGUUAUCAUUUAGCUACAUGUACCUUCUUUGCCACAGUAUUUUUAUUUACAUCAUAGCACAAUAAAAUACAGCUUUUUGACUGCUCAUGCUUUAUGUCUAGAUGUAAAAUUGCUGCAUUUACCAACAAAACUAAAUGUAUAAAGAAAUGACUAAGAAAGGUCAUAUAUGCAAAAUUGUAGUUGUAAGAAGUGCUGAGUAUAGAAAGCAUUUAAAGAAUAAAUGAAAGUUCUUAAUGCUUGGAAACUGCUUUGUCCACACAGAUCAGUCAUUGGCUUAAACAUUUGUGUUAUUUCUUCAUAUAAUUCAUAAAAAGGUCUCUGUUGUUGAGCCUACAGUAUUUAGGGUUUCCUUUCUAAUGGAUGAUAACAUCUGUCUUAUCCAAUGAGUAGUGGUUUAUCUCUGAACAUUUUUCCAUUAAAAUGCAAAACAUUUUAAUAAAUGCUUUUUUAUUUUUACUAUAAUGAAGUUUCUCGUGAUUUAAGUCCAACAGAAGAAGCUUAGCAUGGAGAUAAAAUGUUCUUCUCUGUUGUAAUUCUUACCUCUUCCCAAAGCAUGUUUUUUUUCUGCAUUGCCAAUGAAAUAAUGUCCUUAUCGUUUCAUACAUGUUGUGCAGAUA